CAAGAGGGGUCACGACCUUUUGGUAUAUUAAACUUCCGGUAAUGGCGGCUCACUGAUGAAGACGUCGGGUCACAAAAUAGAUUUGUGGAACUAAAGAUGUAAUGCAGACAGUAUAAAGGACCUCCGCUAUGGAGCAGUCUGUGAGUCAUUCCCUAUCCCCAGAUGCUGCGGUGUUCAUCCCUCGUCAGUUCCCAGUGGAUGGACCACUACAGGUUCAACAGAUUCCGUCUUACAUGACAAACUGCUAUCCAUUUGUACAGCUGGAUGCAGAGAGGCAGAAGAAUUUGGGUCGACAUGGCAGGUUUGCAGCCCCCUUAGUGGCGCCCAAUACUCAGAGGUUCCCCAGAGGGUUUCCAGGUCCUGGAAAUAGAAUGCCAGUACCUCAGAACUUCAACCCCAGUGUACCCCCACCCCUGGAGAACACCUGGGUACUGCCCCCAACAUCUGUCCCUCCCCUGAACAUGAUGAACUUUCCACCGCCCCAAGACACCCUGUUUAGCCAGGACAAAAACCAAGUGCAGCAGAAAAUUUCCCCCAGGGGACCUCCCAAGAAGCAGGGGUGGUCUCCAAGGGAAGAGAGCGCCAAGGAUGGGAGUUGGAAUUCUGGGAAGAAGGGAAGAAGGAGAGACAGUGGGGGAGAAGAGAAGAAAUGGGCUCAGAGAAGUCGAAACAGCUCGGGUAAGAGUAACACUAGUGAUGGACACAGAGAAGAAAGUAAAACCGGGUCACAGAGCAGGAAAAAGAAGGGUGUGAAGGUCAAAGAUGGGUGGGCGGGGCAGGAGGAGACACCUGUCAAUCAACCGUGUACAUCCGCCUCUGCCGUCAGCAUGACAGACACAGCCAUACAGACAGAAUUUUCUGACAGUUUUGCCAAUAAAACACUGGCUCAGUAUCCCAGUCCAAUAUACAACCCCAAACUGAGUAACCAUGGUAACAGACAAGUGAUUGGCAGCUCUUCUGAGGACUCUGACAGCGGAUACCACAGUCCGCUGCAUCGUAAAAACCAGGUCACGAGUGGGACACAACCAAUGGCAAUUAACCCCGGUCUCGUUGACGGUAAUACGCAGCAUAAAAACGACUACUCCAAGCUUGUGGCAGAACAUUCUGAACCGGAAAAGUUGCCAUCCAAUCAGCCUAGUGCAAGCAAAGACACUCAAUCAUCACAACAGAUAUUUUCUUACGCAUUUAUUGCACAAUCAAAACCCGUGAUAGAAUCUAGUGUGAAAUCGGAGGAAAAGCAGGGAGUGGAGGAGGGCAAGAAAUCCGAGGAGAAGAAAACGGAGGGCGAGGAGAGCGGAAAUGAGGGCAAGCGGAAACGGAAAAGAAACAGGCGGAAAAGAAAAAAGAAAAAAGAGGAGAACUCGGAGGAAGCUGAGACAGUGCCUGAGAGGAGUUCCCAGGGGGUGGAGCUUCACUUUCAGGAUGAGGAGGAGUUUCCAGACCUGAGGGUGGGGCUAGACAGAGCAGGGGGGCCAGAGAGACAGCCCUCCUCUAUUUCAUACAGUAACAUAGUGUCCCAGCCAAAGACAGCUAAUCAAAGUGGACAAUGGAGACAGAGCAGGCCCACAUCAAGUCCGGAACCAGAUCCUGCUGGUGACCACUCUUUGGUUCGGAACUCUCGACGUCGCAAAAAGAAGUUGGAGUUGGUGCAACAGGCAGCGGAGGAAGAACUCGCCGAGAUCAAUCUCGAGCAACAGAUGUUGCAAGAACUCAAUCUCAAGACAAGGUCACGGGGUCAGCCAGCCCCGGCUCGCCCAAGCCCAGUCAUCCAGCCAAGGGCAGGCCCAGGCAAGACAGUCAGCCCACAGCCAGGAAUCCUCAAAGUUCCUGCCCAGAAUCAGUCUACCAAAAAGAAAUCCGGGAUCUCAUUAGAUCUCAGUGCCAUGAUUGAUGCAUUAGAGAAAAAGAAACCAGAGGUCAACAAACCGCCUGUCGAGCAAAAGGUCGUCAAAAAGACAGAGGUCAAGGCUAAAGAAAACAAGAAGCCAGGGUUGGGUCAUAACAUGCUGGACUCCUCAGCCCCACUGAAGAGAGGCAAAGAAAGAGAGAACCCCAAACCAAAGAAACCCAGCUCCCUCAAAAAAGUCAUCUUGAAAGAAAGAGAGGAGAAGAAGAAAAUGAGGCUUCUAGAUGAUGCCGAAUCUGCCAACAAUGGUGUGUCUCUUGGUAUUGGAGUGGUCUCGGGGAAUGAGAGUGACUUGUCUCAAGAUGCUUUCAGCUCCAAGGGGUCAGUCGUGGACUACAUAGGGACAGGGACUCCGGCCAGCAACGACCUCUCCCCCAUCAGUCAGACCUCACCCAUCAGCAUGAGCCCUCUGUCCCCAGGGGUCAGCCCCCAGAGUUCAGAGGUCAACAGCCCCAUCGCAGGAACCAUCGGCAAGGAGGUGCGCAUGAAGAUACACAGCCGGCGAUUCAGAGAGUACUGUAACCAGGUGUUGAACAAGGACAUAGACAGUUGCUGUACCCGACUGUUACAGGACCUGGUCAGGUUCCAGGACAGGAUGUACCAUAAAGAUCCAGUAAAGGCCAAGACUAAAAGGAGGAUUGUUCUUGGACUAAGGGAGGUAACCAAACACCUGAAACUGAAGAAACUAAAGCUGGUGAUUAUCUCCCCUAACCUGGAGAAAAUCCAGUCCAAAGGUGGCUUAGAUGAUGCCCUCAACAACAUUUUGAAUUUGUGUAACGAACAGAACGUUCCCUUCGUGUUUGCCCUGGGGCGUCGAGCCCUGGGUCGGGCUUGUGCUAAACUGGUCCCCGUUAGUGUUGUAGGAAUAUUUAAUUACAGUGGAACAGAGGAGAAUUUCCACAGCCUGAUGGAGCUAACAGAGCAGGCGCGACAGGCCUACAAGGAGAUGGUUGGGGUGAUAGAGAGGGAGAUCCGCGACUACCCCACCCUAGGGGCGGCCGCUGCUGUCCCCCACAUCUACGCCCACAUGGGUCACUCCAGGACACCCUCAGGGGCAAGUGUCCUCAGCUUUACCAGCAGUCUGCUCUCUGAGCCCAUAUCUGAGAAUUAUCCACAUUCUGAGCCUGAGACGGAUGCUGCAGGGUAUGAGAUUCCAAGGAAGAAGAAAGUGGACCCUCCGCCCCAAAUUAGUCGGGGGUCGAUUCAGGCGGCUUACGAGUCACAGAUGCGGCUUAUAUAUCCACAGUUGGAUGUGGAUGAUGGUAAUGAGGCCGACACUGAGGAAGGGGUCACUACUAAAAGUCAUCACCAAGAUGACGGAUCCUCAGAUAGUGAGCCUUCGUCAGAAGAGAACACAAUGAAGGCCCUUCCUCACAUAGACUCUAUACACAGUAGUACGUAUGAUCUCAGUACCGAGAUACUGUCUCAGAACUCGGGGCGAACCGUGGACAACUGUGAUGCCAUUUCCACACACUCGUCUCGCACACUUGGAGACGGAAGUUCCACCCUCCUGGCUGACCCAGGUGAAAGGUCAAAGCACGGGACCCCGAAAAGUACAGAAAGUCCAAGUAAUACGCUACAGAGAGGGAAAGUGAUCGAUUCGGAAAGGAUCCAGAACUGGGUCGAUCAGACCAAGUCUCGGCUGGAGGAUCUCCAAUAUCUCCAGGAGAACUCGGAUUCAUCUGAAGAAGAGGACAGUAGUGAGGAGGACACAGUUGAUGAACUCAAUCUGUCAUCCGGAAUCGACAGAACUAACGGUGAUAACAAACAGCAAGGGGGAAGUGACCUCAACCCAAGGGUAGUGACCUAUAAACCUCACGGUGAUGUCAACAAGGGUGUAGGGGAAGGGAGCGAUGUCCCACAGAGACCCGGUGACAGUGGGGUGGAGGUGACGGUCAGUGGCCCAAAGACCGAGAACCUGGGGGGUCAGGAGCAGGGGCAGACAACUGUGACCCAGUCUUGACCUCUCCUGAGCCCAGUCAGUGAUACAACAUGACUAGCUUCUUUUAAAUAGGCCAUAGAAAUGCAAGCAAUUCUGGGGUAUACAUGUUUGUGAAUUUUUUGCCAUUUUCUGCUCUCAUUUUUUAAAUAGGAGAUUUAAAAAAUCCUGUUUUUCAAAUCAUAUUACGUAGUAAAUACCACAUUAAGAUGUAAAGACACAAGCCACCAAGCCGUAUGAAAACUGCAGCAGCUCUCAGAUUUAGAGUAUAUUGUUUCGUGAACUCAUUUUCUGAUAAUUUUACUGUGCAAUUAUUUAGGUUAAUUUCAGGGCUCAUAAAUACACAAUUUCAAAGUUAUUUCACUUAAUAACAAAACCUCCACAUUCUUGUACGCUUUGAGUUGUAUUUAACAUAUGCCAUUCUCAUGCUUAAAAAAUAUUCAUAUGAACUACAAGUGUUUUAUUUUUAUUCUGCGGGGCUUAGGUUAGUUUCAUUAUAACAUCUCCACAAUCCCUACAUAGAGCUGCAGCUUUCAUUUCUUUGGGGCUGUGUUAUCCUAGUCAUUUUUCUUGUGCCACCAUUAUUUAGAUUUCUGCAGGUCCUGGAGUAAAUUAAAAAAAAAAACUCCCCACUAUAAUCUCUAAUCUGUCAAUCAUAUCAUACAAUACACUCCAUAACUAUCUGUAAAUUACCGGUAUUCAAUCAUAUCAUCCCAGCUGAUGUAAAAAGUGCCUCCCCCCCUCCCCCCGGUCCAGCCUAACGUUAUUCAAUAUAUUUAGUUGUUUGCUUUUUUCCAUUUUGACAUUUCCAUUCAUGUCAAUAAACUGUAUUUAUUGUCGUCAAUCAUUCCUCAUCGCUGUAUUAAUUGUUUUAAUAUCACUGUCAUCAAUUUUUGUCUAGCUAGGCUAAUAUAAUUAUUGGUAGUAUUGUUUUGUAUAGUAAGUUGUGUAUAAUUUUUUAGUUGAAUGAAUGCCAUAAACUGUUCCUUUAGACUUUGUAUAUCUUUUUGGUGAUCAACUAAUAUGCCCCGGUACAUUCUCAUCAGUACAAUCUGUAUCUUCUGAAGCAUUUGAUAAAAUCAUAUUUGCACUAGAAGUUUAACCCUCAAGUUUUUGUAUGUAAUUAUCCUGUGUCAGCAUUGUUUUGAAUAAUUUUUUAUUUCAAGGAACCGAGUACUUGCGUUUAAAAAAAAGAUUUUUUUUGGUAAAAUUUACUAUACAUGUAUGUAUAAUGUUUAACGCUAAAAAUAAUCAAAUAAUCAAGAUUCUUUCGAUGCUUAGAAAGGUUUCUAACUAUUCCAACAGUUUACUAUGGUAUUUUGCUUGGGGUUUUAUUUUAGGAUAAUUUUUCUUUUGUGCGUGUGUGUGUGUUUACUGUGAACCAACUUCUAUAUUUGCAGUGUCUUUAUUUCAUGUUUUACCAGCUGUGAACUAUUCACGACGAAGCCUCUGUUAAAAAAAAAAAAAGGGAGACAGUUAUGACACAUUUGCUGCUGCUGCUGCUGCUGCAAAAAAAAUUGCGACGACAGUUCUAGCGAUCUUUUCACAUUUUUCAUGCACACAAAUGAAUGUUGGUUUACAGUAUUUCCGGCAAUCAGUUUUUUGUUGUUAUCCAUAUUUAUGUGAAUAUCACUUCUCCUGUUUUUAACUGCCGCCAUGUUGUUUUGAUGCAGGUUGUUUAAGUGCUGAUAAGUUAAUCACUUCCAUGUUUCUCAUCAACCAUUUUCUUGAUCGAUUUCCAUGACUUGUAUAUUAAUUAUUAUAAUUGUAAACACAUAAACUUUGUCAUUAUUCAGUUUGUAUCAUCAUUUUAAAACAUUUUUUUUUUCGUUUAACUUGUACUAGUAUGUUAUAAUGAUUAGGGUCCAGUUUAAUGAAUACUAAUGACUACAAUUAUAUUUACAUGUAUAUGUCGAUAUAGUAUUUGUGGGAAGUUGUUCAGUAAACUGGACCAGAACUGAUUGCAUGUGUUAUGGUACAAUAUAGAGUGAUAAACUUGGUUUUGAUCCCUGUGCAGAAUAUGUUUUGCAUUUUUUGAAAACAUACAAUGUAAUGUGAUAUCAGAUGUAUUAUGUUUCGUACAUUGCAUGUAAAUUUUCACUUCUAUUCAGUUGUUUUUUUGAUUGAGUCUUUGGUUUUGUUUUGUUUUUUUUUUUGAAAAAAAAAAUUAGCAAAUUUUGUUUUAAGUUCAUAUUUUAUUUCAGUUUGAGGUAUUUGAUUUUUCAAGAAAUUGUAAAUAAUUGCUGUAAAUACAUAAACAUUUUUUGAAUUUAUAAAAAUGGUAGCUGCAUUCAUUCCCACUGUAUAAAGCUACUGUUCCAGAGUUAAGUCCCUUGACAUGAUGCAACAUGUUACCAUUCAUUAAUAUUAUUGUUACAUGUGUAUCUUGUGGUUGAAAAUUAUAUGUUGAUUAAUCACAUAAAGUUCACAUUUUUUGUUGGUUCAUUUUCCAUGUCUUAAUGUAUCUGUUUGUUUAUGUUACCGUAUUGGGAGCCAUUUUCAUGUAAUACUUGUGUGUGGGUUCCUCAGUCUCCUUUCCGUACAGAGUUAUUGUUCUUGCCUCUUACACCUUCAGCAUCUAAUACAUGUACACUGGGUGUAAUCUAACCUAUGUUUUUGAUAUUUUAUGUAUUAAUAUCCUGGGAUAUCUUUAAUGUUUCAAACAAUGUCGGAUCCAUAAUACCAUUGCCAUUAGCAUGCAUACAAAAGCAUUUUGAUGUAGAAAAAAAAAAUACUGUAAAUUUAUUGAUUGAUAUUUUGCUGCUUUGAUUCAGAGAUUGAAGAAAAACAAGUAUGAUGGUAACAAAAUAAAUUAGGAAUGAAAAACCUUAUCAUUCUGUUCAAUAGAUGAUUAACUUGUGCAAAGACAGUGAAAAUUAAUUGGGGUGUUGUGUAACACAUCUGUGUGUACAUGUAUUUUGAUGGUUCAAGAGGUCCAAGCAAUGACUCUAUUGUUUGGAGAUUGGUAAAUCAGGUUUGAUGAAAUGAUGGAUGUUAAGAAAUUCUGUGAUACCUUCCGUUUAUCCUGUGUGAUGUUACAGAAACCGAUUAAAACAGUAAUAUUAUCAAAUACAA